CACUGAUUGGCUACAUUGGACGGGCUGCCGGGGGCGAGACCCCUCCUCUCAGAAAGGUCUAGGGGGAGCCCCGAAGGGAGAGUGGUUGCCUAGCAACGGGGCGGUGGCUCCGCCGGUACCCGGCCUAGCCAGCGGGAUAAGCCGCGAGGCCGCAUCUCGCCCACCCUGGGCUUUGGAGAGGUGCAGCCUUUGGCCCCCGAGCUCUCGCGGGGGCUCCAGGAAGCCACCUUAGGCCUGUCCCUAAGAAAACGUGGUCUCAGCUGUGGAGAGCUUCGAGCAGGCCUCGACUCCUCUUCCCGACCCGAGGAGAGGCCCAACGCCUCACCCUCACUCCGUCUUUGUGCAGGGCGCUGGCGGCCAUUGUGUCCGGGCGGGGAAUGGAGGACCCGGCAAUCCCCCACCGCCACGUCCAGGGCCUUUGGGGAAUUCAAAGAAAACUAGCGGCGUUUGUGGGGGGUCUCCGGCCUUUAGCCUCCCGGAAAGGCCCGGGGGUGGCCUUUGCAAAGUCAGAUCGCAGAUCUAAGGCAGUUUUCCCCUCCUUAAGUCCCUCACCGAAACCUUGAGUCCCAUUGAGAAGUCCUUCCUAGGCUCUAGCAGCCUCACCUUGGGCUGGUACUUAAAUAGGAAAAAAAAAAAAACAAACACCUAAACUAAAUUAAACCAGUACCAACCACCUCCAGGAGAGUUCUCCUGGCUCCCAGUAGGAGGCGGAGAGCCAAGGGGCGUGCAAGAGCGAGGGGGCUGGGCUCCCGGUGGCAGGAGGCCGCGGCUGCAGAGCGGCCGCCCUGGAUCCGGGCGAUGGAGGAGGAAGCGAGCGAGGGGGCUGGUUCCUGAGCUUCGCAAUUCCUGUGUCGCUUUCUGAGAUCCCAGCCUGCCGGGUCGCAUGAUCCCUCCGGCUGGAGUUGCUUUUUUUGCCAACCGCCGCGAGGCCGGCUGAGUUACCGGCAUCCCGGCCGCCGCCUCCUCUCCCGACCUAUGAUACAAAAGAUCUUCCGGGGGCUGCACCUGCUUGCUGUCGCCUGAGGCCGAUUUGAAUCUCUUUCUCUCCCUUCAGAAUCCUAUCUUGGCUUUGGAUCUUAGAAGAGAAUCACUAAGCAGAGACCGGACUCAGUGAGUGAGCAGGUGUUUUGGACAAUGGACUGGUUGAGCCCGUCCCAAUUAUAAAAAUGUCUCAGAGCAACCGGGAGCUGGUGGUUGACUUUAUCUCCUACAAGCUUUCCCAGAAAGGAUACAGCUGGAGUCAGUUUAGCGAUGUGGAAGAGAACAGGACUGAGGCCCCAGAAGGGAAUGAAUCAGAGCUGGAGACCCCCAGUGCCAUUAAUGGCAACCCAUCCUGGCACCUGGCUGACAGCCCCACGGUGAAUGGAGCCACUGGCCACAGCAGCAGUUUGGAUGCCCGGGAGAUGAUCCCCAUGGCAGCAGUGAAGCAAGCACUGAGGGAGGCAGGCGACGAGUUUGAACUGCGGUACCGGCGGGCAUUCAGUGACCUGACAUCCCAGCUCCACAUCACCCCAGGGACAGCAUAUCAGAGCUUUGAACAGGUAGUGAACGAACUCUUCCGGGAUGGGGUAAACUGGGGUCGAAUUGUGGCCUUUUUCUCCUUCGGCGGGGCUCUGUGCGUGGAAAGCGUAGACAAGGAGAUGCAGGUAUUGGUGAGUCGGAUCGCAGCUUGGAUGGCCACUUACUUGAAUGACCACCUAGAGCCUUGGAUCCAGGAGAACGGCGGCUGGGACACUUUUGUGGAACUCUACGGAAACAAUGCAGCAGCUGAGAGCCGGAAGGGACAGGAACGCUUCAACCGCUGGUUCCUGACGGGCAUGACUGUGGCUGGUGUGGUUCUGCUGGGCUCACUCUUCAGUCGGAAAUGACCAGACACUUCACCAUCCAUUCACCCUCCUGUCCCCUUCCCUGCCCCACCACAUCCCUCCAUCCAGCCACCAUUGCCACCAGGAGAACCACUACAUGCAGCCGAUGCCUGCCCACCCUUCCAUUACUGGGUUGGGCCUAGACCUGGUCCCCUGCAAUUUGUUUUCUAGAAUUUACCACGCUUCUGUGAGAGCCACCUUCCCCUACACUUUAGUUUUCCCAGCCUUGAAAUCCACAAAGUUUCCCUAAAAUCUGCUGCAUGGAGGCUGGCAGGUAUGGGAGGGCUUAUGGUUGGGGGCAGGAGGGCCCUGCCUGAUUGGUCAAACCUUUACCCCUUAGUCUCCCCAAAAAUGCUUUUCUGCCAGGGAGCUGGAAAGUUUUAGGAACCUCUUCCCCAGAGAGAGAGAAUAGAUUGCCUUUGUUUUGAUGUUUGUGGCCUCAGAAUUGAUCAUUUUCCACCUCCACUCCCCACCCCACCCUGAACCUAGGCUCCCCUACCUUCCCCACCCCCAAGAGCCAUUUAGGGGCCAGUUUUGACUAAUUAGGGAUUCAGGCUGCUUGAAAUAAAGAAACAAGGAUCAGGACUCCCUUGCCACCUCUGGCCUGGCCAAAAAGUCCCCACUCCAAGUCCAUAUGUCCUCCAGAGGCCUCUGUCUAGAGACCAGCCCCACCCAGGAGGGAGGGGGCUAUAGCUGCAGGAAACACCCCAUGCCAAAGGUAGGGUGACCCUUGCAUUUGAGCAUCAUAGUCCCUUCCCUUCCCCGGGCUCCCAUGACUAUGACUGAGGGACCAACUAAGCCCUAGACAGAUGGUGCCCCAUAGCUGUUAAUGGCCUCAGCUGCCUCACUUCUGCAAGAUCAGCAGGUGGCAUCUUAGCCUUGGGCUGCUGCCCAGGGGGUCCAGGGGUUCAGAAGCCUCAGCCCUGAGGUGAAGGGGUGUUAAUAGGGAGCAGCUGUGGGAGCCCUAGGGUUUUCCCUACCUCAGGCAGGAAGGGCAGGAAGGAAAGCCUGGUGCACAGGGUGGGAGUGGAGCAGACUAGAGGGGCUGGUCCUACCUGGCCAGGCAGAUUUGUGUCCCACCCCCAUAUAGCCUGGGCAGCCGGGCUGCCAAGGACAGAGUGGCUUGGCCAGGAGCCUUUCAGGCCUCCCUCUCUCCUCCCUGGGGGUCCUGGCCCAGCCUCAGCCACCCUGGGCUCUCUGCUGUACAUAUUCAAGACUAGUUUUUAUUCCUUGUGAAGAUGAUAUACUAUUUUUGUUAAGCGUGUCUGUAUUUAUGUGUGAGGAGCUGCUGGCUUGCUGUGCGUGUGCACGUGGAGAGCUGGUGCCCGGAGAUUGGACGGCCUGAUGCUCCCUCCCCUGUCCUGGUCCAGGGAAGCUGGCCAGGGGUCCUGGCUCCUGAGGGGCAUGUGUCCCUCCCCCAACCCCCACCCCACACUGUUCCAGCUCUUUGAAAUAGUCUGUGUGAAGGUGAAAGUGCAGUUCAGUAAUAAACUGUGUUGAUUCAGUGAA